UCGACUGAAAAAGACGCUCUCUCUAAACUUUUUCGAAGCACCCCCACGCUGCGCAGUUCGAUUAGAACCUCUCCGCCCCAACUCUCUUCCCCAAAACCCCGUCAAAUCCCCCGGAUUUCCGAAAUGGUAUUUGUGGAGUUGUUGUUAUGUGUGGCCGUGGUCGGUUUGUUGCUAUACAAAUGGUCCGUCCAUACUUUUGGCUACUUUUCGAAACGGGGCGUGGUCCAUGAGGCGCCCAUUCCGCUCUUUGGUAAUAUUCCUUGGUCGGUGAUGAUGGGCAAGGAUUCGUAUAUAAAGCACAGCAUUGAUAUUCACAUGCGCCUUAAGAACCACAAGGUUUAUGGAGUUUUCAACCUUCGCGAUGCCCUAUUCUACCUCUCUGAUCCGGAACUUAUCCGCCAGGUGGGCAUCAAGAGCUUUGAUAACUUUUCCAACCACCGCAAGGGUAUUACUGAUGGACCCGAUGACUUAAGCUUGGUAGGCAAGAGCUUGCUCAGUCUGCGGGAUCGGCGCUGGAAGCAAAUGCGCAACACCCUGACGCCUACGUUCACCAGCUUGAAGAUCCGCCAAAUGUACGAGCUGAUCUAUGCCUGCAAUGAGGAGGCGGUGGGCUAUGUGCGACGUCAGUUGGAGGCGGGUAACUCGGAACUGGAGCUUAAGGACUUUUUUACGCGUUAUACGAACGAUGUAAUAGCAACGGCUGCCUUUGGUAUUCAGGUGAACUCCUUCAAGGAUCCCAACAACGAGUUCUUCUCCAUCGGGCAGCGUAUCUCAGAGUUCAGUUUCUGGGGCGGACUUAAAGUGUUUCUCUAUAUUAUAAUGCCCAAGUUGAUGAAGGCCCUUAAAGUUCCCGUUAUGGACAUGAACAAUGUGGACUACUUCAAGAAGCUGGUCUAUGGCACCAUGAAGUAUCGAAAGGAGCAAAGUAUCGUCCGACCCGAUAUGAUCCACCUGCUGAUGGAGGCUCAACGACAGUUCCAAAAGGAUCAGGAAGCUGCCAAGGGUGACGCUACUGGAUUGAAGGAACAGCAUGCCUCGUUCAACGAUGAAGAUCUGCUGGCCCAGUGCCUGCUAUUCUUCGCGGCCGGCUUUGAAACGGUGGCCACCUGCCUGAGCUUCACCUGCCAUGAGCUGCUUGCUAAUCCCGAGGCUCAGCAGAAGCUGUACGAAGAGAUCGUGGCCGUGGAGGAGGAACUGGGCGGCAAGCAACUCGACUAUGACACCUUAAUGUCCAUGAAAUACUUGGAUUGUGUGGUCUCCGAAUCGUUGAGAAUGUGGCCGCCGGCAUUUGUCCUGGAUCGAAUGUGCGCCGCAGACUUCGAGCUCAAGGAUGAAGAGGGUGAGGUAGUGGUGAAACUAAAAAAGGAUGAACUCGUGCAUAUACCCGUGGCGGCCAUACAGCGUGAUCCUGACAACUUUCCAGAGCCGGAGGUUUUCCGACCAGAGCGUUUUGACGAGGAGCACAAGGAUGAAAUCAAGCAGUUUACUUAUCUGCCCUUCGGCGUGGGUCCACGCAGCUGCAUUGGCAACCGAAUGGCCCUCAUGGAGGUGAAGUCUCUGCUCUAUCAAUUGCUUCGGCAGUACAGGCUUAAGCCCACGGAUCGCACCUCGAAGGACAUGAUGAGCAGCAUCUCAGGCUUCCGGAUGGUGCCACGGGAACUGUUCUGGUGCAAGUUUGAGUUGCGUGAAGAAGCCAAGUGAAGAACUAAAAUACUUACUAUAUUUAUAAACAUAUAACCGAUAUAUACCAUAAACCUCAAUAAAUAAAAUAAUUACGUA